ACGAAUGUUGGUUAUGAAUUUAUUAGUUUCUCACUACUUCGCUGCAGGACGUUCUAGCCAUAAACUUCCCGAAAUGGGCAACCGAAUUCUCCAAGGCUUGGAUAUUAGAUCACGCUGCCCUGAAGGAGAGUUUGUCAACAUUGCUCCUGGACAUCAGCCAGGUUCCUUCCAUAUUGGGACUGAAUCGUGCUGAUCAAGACCUACUACUCAGCAAUUUAAGGUUCACUUUCUCUUUUCUCUCAUGUUCAUGUGCGAACCCUCUCUCCCAGGAGUUGUUAUCAAAUUCUCCGAUGGAAAUGGCGGAAAAAUACUCGGAGAGAAUCAUGGCGCUAUCAAAGCCUCAACCCGGAGCACUUAUCGAUUUAACCGAACGAGUUAGGUUAUUAGGGGAUCGACCGA